UAACGCCAAGUUUGACACGGCGUACAGUAUUUGGUACCAUAUCUGGUGUUAAAAAACCGACAAGGAGAGCAUAAAGAGGUGAGAAACGGGGUAAAGUCCACUCCGAUGUCCGUACCAGUAGUAUUUUUUUCCCCUCGACAAUGCUUCAUAAACCGAGGUACAUACUACACUACGUACGUAGUAGUUCCUAGUGCCUAAUUCUUUUCAAAUUGGCCCCAGAUGUUUCGCCUGAUUUGAAUAUUAUUUGGCUCAGGUCUUGCAGGAAACCGAACUUUUUUUUUUGCUUUUUGUUCUUUCGUCCGAACCUACCUAGCUUGCAGUUUUGUCCCCACAGAAGUGUUCGAGCUGCCACCUCGUUCGCGUCCCAGGUUCACGUUGCUCUAGCUGGAUCCGGGGCUUAAGGGCUUAUCCCUUUCACCAUCUAAUCUUCCUUCUCGACAUGAGGAACUGGGCCUGACUUUGGCUGCGAUUCCCCUGUAACCGACUGUCAAGCUAUCAUCAAUCAACAAACAGAACGCGGUAUCGCGAGCCAGCCCUUGAGCCCACGUGGGAUUGCUCAGUAUCCAUAGAGGAGUUAUUUUGGAAUCAUUUCCUUACAGAUAACGCCGGGCGAUGUUGCGGUAGCCAUUCAUUUUUGGAAGCAAAUACCGACCGUCUUGGCAGGGCUUUAUUCGGGGUUAUCGGGGUAUCGUUCUUUUGAAUGACGACAGAGACAAUCGAUUCGUCACUGAUGCCCUCCGCGUACAUUUUCUUUAAUUUGUUUGUUUGAAUCGCAACACCUCUCCGCGAUCCCUUUUUUUUUCACCUUUCUUAAUCUUGAUGUUCAUGACCGAUCUAAAUCGGCAAGUCGCAUAACAUCAACCAUUUGCCACUCGGCAGUGCAGCUAGCCUGCAUAUUCAACGGACGAGAUGUCGUCCAACAACUACGGUGCUGCAGGAAUAGGCGCCGAGGGGAUCCCGACCGAAGCGACGUCGCUGUUAGAUUCCGGCGCCGGUACCCGUGACGACUCCUCAUUCCAAGAUCGGUCCGGAUCAGCCGCGACCGGAGACGGAGCCGAUUGGCUUGGCGACGAAGAGUUCAGCCAGGUGCCCCGAUGGAGGAGAGCUUCGGUCUACUGGCUGAUAGGGCCAUAUUUGCUAUUUACCCUUGCCUUUGGUGGCUCUAUUGUCCCAAAGCUCAACCUGAUCUUGGAUCUCGUCUGUAAUCGCUACCUGUCGGAACGAGCACAAUCCGACCCCGGCUUUGUCUUUAUUCCAGUAGUUCCGGGUCUCGAUGACUCGCAGUGCACCUCCGGGUCGACCCAAGCCCGUGUACAGAGAGAGGCUGCCACGUUCAUGAUGACGAUGAACCUCAUCACCGGUCUGCUAAGCGCCUUCACCGUUCCCAAGAUCGGUUCCCUGUCUGACCGCUACGGCCGGAAGCGUCUGCUGGUGGUAGCUUCGGCCGGCGGUAUCAUUGGCGAGCUGGUUGUGAUCCUGGCCGUCAAGUUUCCUGAGACGGUCCACCUCAACUGGCUAUUGGUUGCUGCCGCUCUUGAUGGACUCGGCGGCUCCUUCACUGCGGCGUCCGUGGUUGGUCACUCGUAUGUUUCCGACUGCACGCCUCCUCGGAAGCGAGGUGUGGCUAUCGGGUACCUGCACUCCGCCUUGUACGCCGGCUUGGCAUUUGGCCCCGUGCUUGCCGGGUACAUGGUUGAGAAGUUGACGCACGAGCUGGUCUCGGUGUUUUACGUGACUCUUGGCUGCCACCUUUGCUUCGUCGUCCUGAUCCUCUCCAUAGUUCCCGAGUCAGUCUCCCAGAAGAGGCAGUUGAUAGCUCGCGAAAAGCACACUGAGGACGGCGACCGUCGGGCCAAGCGCGUCGUUACUUGGACUGGAAACUCUGCGCCUUGGUACAGGAGGGUUGCGGCAUCCAUCCGAGGUGCACCGAACCCCCUGAGGCCCCUCAAGGUGCUCUACCCCCGGGGCGCCACCAAUGCUUCCGUCAGACGCAACCUGCUCUUACUGGCUACCAUCGACACCAUGUUCCUCGGCGCCACCAUGGGCUCCGGCCAGGUGACGAUCCUGUACAGUGAGCUGAUGUUUGGCUGGCGCAACCUCGAGACGUCCAACUUCGUGUCGCUAGUGUCGCUUGUACGCGUGUGUGCCCUUUUGGGGAUCUUGCCGGCUUUGAACUACGUGUUCCGCAUCCGACCUGCCGCACGCAAGAGGGGCCUGAGCCAUGGCGCCGCUGUCGAGAAGAACAAUGCGGGCUCCGACAGGUUGGACAUGUGGCUGCUGCGCGGCGCUAUCUUGUCAGACAUCCUGGGUGUUACCGGUUAUAUCCUGGUGAGGACGCCGGCCUUGUUCCUGCUGAGCGCCGUCGUGGCAGCUAUGGGUGGGCUGGUGUCUCCGACCACCCAGUCGGCGCUGACGAAGCAUGUCCCAGCCGACCAAGUUGGGUCUCUUCUUGGUGCCAUUGGUCUGUUGCAUGCGCUCGCCCGGGUUCUGUUCCCGCUGGCCAUCAGCGGCUUGUAUGCAGCGACUGUUGAGUCAUUUCCACAGGCGGUAUAUGUGCUGUUGGUGGUCAUUUUUGUCCUCGCGUUGUCCCUAGCCUUUUUUGUGAGGCCCUAUGUCUACAUGAAGGAGGUGACCGAUGAAGACGUCUCUCCGACUCCAGCUAGGGCCUGGGAUUACGAGGAUGGAGUUUCUGACGAGGAGGUUGUCCCUGUAAGAUUAGGACGUGGCUAGUAGUACUCUCUUUUUGUUUGGCUCAAAGUUUUCCUUUGUAGUUGCGUUGGUUUACCGCGGAAUACAUAAGACUAUGAGUCGUUGCUUUGUCGUAUGACUCCAUCUAGACUGGGUUGGGACGCAAGUGAUACACACAUGACAUGGAUCUUGCUGGAGUUCGGGUUGUUUGCGUUAGAACUAGUCUGAUAAUAGAGACGGACUCUGAAAAGGGUGAUGGACUGACUGACAAGUCAUGUGCCCGCUACGUGGGCAGGUUGUCAGCGCGGAAAUAUUCUAAUGUCGCACACAAAUCGGUUUCUAUCUCCGGCACUUUUCCGGCGUGGUGAUCGUCAGGGUCUGCUGUCUGUCCCUCGUCAUUUAUUCCCGUACGAACGCCACCCAUUGACUAGCACCUGAUGCAUCGCCGUUGUGACGAUGAUCACCAGAUAGCGAUUGCGUCCUGGGCCUGGCUACUCAAGCUCGGAUACUUCUAUGUAGCG